ACAGUCAGCAAUGGGCCGAAUUUCAACGCUUAUUAUCGGACAAGAAGUGGGAUGAAAUCGAUAAUAUUUUCAACGUGAUUCGGAUCCCAACUGUCAACCCUAACCGAAUCUAUCUUGUCCACGGCUUUUCUCAUGUUCCAUUACAUUUGAAACAAAACUAUUUAGGUGCAUUUUUAUUGGACGUAGGUACAAAUAUUCGCGAAAAUGCUGGAAAUCGCAAAUCGUUAAUGGAAGAACCUCUGGCAAUCGUUGAACGUGCCGUAUUGUUCUUAAGCGACAUACAAUAUUGA